CGAGACUUGGCGGGGAUAUUUUUGAGAACAAUAUGUCAUCAAUGAAAAUUAGGAUUUCAAAGGACGAGGGCAAUAAUGGUAGGAAAUCAGCAAGAACCCUUUAGUGUCCAUGAGAAUUUGGUCCGCACAUCUUCUCGUUUCUUUGACAAGGCUAUGGCGGGUAAAUGGAGGGAAUCUUUACAACGCACUGUCAAACUCCCAGACGAAGAACCGAACAUAUUUACGCUGUACCUGCACUGGCUCUAUUAUGGUGCACUUCCUGUGUAUUGCGACAAACCAGGUCUCGCAGGGAAUUCUGAAUACCUUGAGCUGGCCAAGGCCUAUGUCCUGGGCGAUAAAUUGCUAGAUUCCAAAUUCCAAGACACGGUCAUUGACGCCAUUAUCGAGAAAAGCCUCUCAAAAGCAAAAGAUGGGGCUUCUUGGUACCCUGUUGGCGAAGUGAUAGAGUAUGUAUACUGCAAUACACAUGAGUCCGCUCCAAUUCGCGAAUUACUUGUGGAUAUGUACGUUUAUUACGGAUACAGCGAUUGGCUCCGAGACUAUAAUGAACCAGAAAAUGUUCCGCAACCUUUUCUCUUGAAGCUCGCUUCGAAAUUAUUGGAUCGGCGAGUUAAGUCUGGAGUCUCCCUGGAAGCUGAAAGGUACCAUAGUCAUGGCUCGAAUGAAUGAAAUGUUCCUAAUGAUUUGUCAAGUUUGAUGAAGGAGGACUCUAAAGUUACGGGGCGUCCGAGAUAUCUCGGGUUGAAAUUUCAAGACUUGUAUCACUACAGUUAUGUAUUAUACAAGCAAACAUUCAGUAGUAUUAAUAUCCCGGGUCUUCGCUAUAGUAGUUAAUGUCUUCUGGCUAGGGUUUAAGAAGAAUCGAAGUAUGUAUACAAAACUGGUG